GAUGUUAUUGGGAAUACUAUUUUCACUGUUUAUUUUAAAAACUUUUGCCAUCCAAGAUGGAAGAGACGUGUGUACUCUUUCCUCGAUAUGCAACAAUGUUGAAUCGAUAGAUUCGCAGGUGUAUCCUCUACGUGAGGAACAAGAGCGCCAAGCAAAUCUUUUGGAAGACUUGGAUAGAAAACUGGACACGCUUCUUAAUAAUGUCGAUCCCUUGCCCGCAAACUGUUAUGAGGCAUUGAGGAGAGGACAGAAUCGUCGAAUUAGCACAAUCCAUGUGCCUGAGCACAGUGAAACCCCCUUUCAAGUGGCCUGCGAUCAGUUCAGCAUGGGAGGUGGUUGGACAGUACUUUUGCGACGAAGUGAUGGAAGCGAGAACUUUUAUCGAGAAUGGAAGGACUACAAGGAAGGUUUCGGCCAACUGAGUAAUGAGCUCUUCCUGGGUCUGGACAAACUGUACGCUAUGACGUCUUCUCACCAACAAGAAUUGCUGGUUCUUAUGGAAACUCAGCAGGGGGAGCAGGCCUACGAGCUGUACGAUAACUUUAAAAUUGGCCCAGAGAGCAACAAUUAUACCUUGGAGUCCGCGGGAACACCUUCUGGGGACGCAGGCGAUUCACUUUCUAUACAUGUGGGCAUGAUGUUUAGCACUAAAGAUCGGAAAAACGACCUGGAUCCCAAUAGAAAUUGUGCUGAAGCAUUUACAGGCGCUUGGUGGUACUACAAAUGCCACGAUAGCAAUUUAGCUGGCCAAUAUGGCGAUGAUACAUACGCAAAGGGUAUAUGCUGGAAAACAUUUAAUGGAUAUUACAACUCUUUGAAACGUGCUGUAAUGAUGAUACGUCCAAAAGUGUUUUCAUAUAAAUGUUUUUAGUGUGGACUAUCCUGAAACGAAGCCGGGUUCCAUGCUGAAAUAGUUGGAGGAAGUGAAAUAUAAUAUUCACAUUUGUAUGUUAGCCUCGGAAAAUUUAAAUUUGGAAUUACCAAAACAAAAUGUUUUUAAUUCAAAAUGUUUUCUUACGAAUAAGCAAAUUAUUACAUAUCAACUGUCAAAGGCAAAUACCGAUAUUUAUGAAAGCGAGUAGUAGUUACUGUUUACCGAUUCCGAUCACCCCACCCAAGUCUGUCCUAACACCACCCCCAGUGUGCAAAUAGAUCGCCGCUCGAUAAGCAUGGCGACAAGGUCAUCUCUUGAGCAGCAAUACCCGUAUCAUUCCGAUGUGAGCUAAUGCAUAAUUACCGCAAUUAAGUUGUCGUCCAAGCAAUAGACGCUGAGAUCAACUCAACUUCAAGUCGCUUUAAAUAAACUAAUUAAUGUUCUAAGAUUAA